AUGAUGGAUGCUACUCCGGAAAAUUUCAAUAACCCUAAUUAUACUUACACCUCUUUCCCAGAUGUCAGUAGAAAUUAUGAUAAUAUUUCGGAAGAUAAUUCGUCUCAUAACCACUUUGAUCAUGGAGGAGAGGAGAGUUUAAGAAGCAGCAUAGUUAUUCAUAUCACUGUAUUGGUCAUCUCCAUUUUUGGAGCCAUGGGGAAUGGAGCUGUCAUCUGGCUUCUUGGCUUCCGCAUUAAGAGGAAUCCUUUCAUGACCUACAUCCUGAACUUGGCCGUGGCUGAUUUCGGGGUCCUCCUAUUUGUUACGAUUGCAAUAUCCAGAUCAAUAUCAAAAAUAUUUAUUUUUCAUUUUCCCCUGGAUGUGUUCUUCUCCCUGUUCCUAUUAAUGUACAGCGCCAGUCAAUUUCUCCUGACGGCCGUCAGCAUUGACAGGUGUGUGGCCGUCUUCUUCCCACUUUGGCAUCAAUGCAAGCGGCCCUCGCUUUUGUCCACCAUUGUAUGUGCGCUCAUAUGGGUCUUCUCUGUCUUCCUUACUGCAAGUACCUAUGUGGUCAUGUAUCUUAAGCCACGCAAAACAAUUCAAAACUUCUACCAGCUUAUUGUGAACGCUGGGCUUUGCCUCCCAGUCAUGACGAUUGCAACUGUUUCCCUGUUCAUCAGAGUCUGCUUUAAAACAGAGCAGCAUCGAAGGGGAAGGCUUUUGACCAUCGUCUUGUUUGCUCUUCUCUUUUUCCUCCUCUUUGCUUUUCCAUACAAUAUCAUAUCCAUCCUCAUCGUUACUGACCACAUCACGGCACAUUUCACAUUACACAUAAUACGUGGGGCAAUUCUUUUAGCUUGUUUAAAUAGCAGCGUCAACCCAUACAUUUAUUUCCUGGUUGGGAGACGAUGGAAGUCUAGACGCUGGGAGAGCAUGAGGGUGAUCCUCCAGAAGGUUUUCAGGGAGGAAGAAGGCUGUACUGAGGAAACCCCGGUUGCAACCCAGGCCUCUUUCCCUUUGCUUGCUGCAGGGACUCCAAAACAAACUUCUGCUGCCACCAGUGACUCAGAGGAUACAUCCUGCAAAACAGGGUCGUACCGGGUUGCGGUGUCUUCCCACAUCAACCUGCCCGCUAGCAAGGAGCUGAAUUCCCACAACCCUACAUUUCCAAGUUAUCACACUGCAGAGAUGUCAGGGAAUCGGGGGCAAAAUAACUGCAUCCCUGUCGACUUGGGAACGUUCAGUCUGGAGAACAGGAUGCUGAAGGAGGACAUCAUCGCUCUCUUCCAGUAUUUGAAAGGCUGUCGCUUAGAAGAGGGGCAGGGAGCUGUUCCUGAUAGCACCGAAGAACAGGACUCACAGUGA